AAGUUACAUCACUGGCCAGCGAGCAGUUUUUGGGUGUUCUCAGGUCGUAAGAGUCAGUAGUUAAGUGCGGGGGCUUAUUUCUUUACAGGUCAUUAGGUUAAGAGUACAAGCAAAGUCAAACUCAGAAUAAGGUGCAGUUCGGAGAAAGGUUCAUUGGAUUUGAAACGUUAAUUUUGCUUUGUAUCCCACAGAUGAUGCCAGACCUGCUGACUCUCUCCAGCCAUUUCUGUUUUUAUUCAGAUUUCCAGUGUCCAAAGAUCCUAGUUUUAUUUCAGAGUAAUGUUGUGUUCUUCUUCCUCUCUCCCCAGAUUCCUAUACACCACAGGCACCCUGAUGAUUGCCUUCUCGCAUGCUGAUAUUGCAGUGCUGCUGUUUCCUGCUCUCUGUCUGCUUGCAGUUGGCGGAAUCCUGUUCCUUAUGACAAAUAUACAGGUUGGAAACUUAUUUGGCAGGCGACGGUCUACAGUGAUCACUCUGUACAACGGAGCAUUUGACUCCUCGUCAGCUGUGUUCCUGGUGAUCAAGGUUGCGUAUGAGGCUGGUUUGUCCUUAAAGAACAUAUUCUUGUUUAUCAGCUGUCUCAGCUCCAUCCACAUCGCACGGACCUACCUGCUCCUCCCACGGUCACACAUUCCCUACCCUCUGCCAGAUGGCUACACCUAUGGGACGCAAUGUGAGGGGCCUGACGUAUUUACAUCCCAACAAGGGGUGAAAGAUCAGAGCCGGGCCGAAUCUCUAAAAGAAGGAGAAGGAACUGAGGGAGAGAAGGGUGAGCAGAGAGAUGAGACGGAAGAAGGCAAGGCUGAGGGGCAGGAGGUGCUCAAGGCCACUGAGGGUGCAAGUCUCCUGCACAACAGCUCAAAAGGCCCAGAGGCGAACGAGGAGGCCAUCCCGUCCUUCAGGAGCUGUGUCUUCUCGAAGCUGUUCCUCACCCACCUGCUCUGGCUGUCAAUCCUGCAGCUCCGACAUUACCUGUUCAUUGGCACCCUCAACCCCAUGCUCAAUCUGCUCGCCGACGGUGACACCAGUCUAGUCAGCACAUAUACAAAUGCCUUCGCCUUCACACAGUUUUUUGGUGUUUUCUGUGCCCCCUGGAAUGGACUACUCAUGGACCGGCACAAACGGAAAGCCAAGCCAGCUGAAAGUGCUGUCUCAGGUUUCGGUGCGCUGCAGCGACUGGCCGACAUGAAGUCGGCGGUGCUGUCCCUCACCAUCACGGUUACACAGUGCGUCCUGUUCUCUCUCUCCGCUGCCAUUCCCAUACUGCCUGUGCAGUACCUGACCUUCAUCCUGCAAGUGAUCAACCGCUCUUUCCUGUACGGGGGCCACGCUGCCUUUGUUGCCAUCGGGUUCCCUCCCUGCCACUUUGGGAAGGUCUUUGGUACAUUGAUGGCCCUCUCUGCAGUCAUUUCUCUCUUCCAGUAUCCCUGCUUUGCCCUGGUCAAGGGACCCUUGCAAGAUGACCCGACGUAUAUGAACAUAGCAUUCAUCGUCCUGGUGACCCUGGCCUAUAGUCACCCUAUCAACGUCUUCCUGCAUUGCCGGCAGGAAAUCCAGCAGAAGGGAGCCCUGAAGUCUCCCGAAGUUGAUGUACCUGAGCUGGGAGAGAAGGACAAACAGCCAAGGGAAACUGAUAUCUGAGUCAGGCCUGUGUUUGGGCUGGGAGGAUGGGUGGGUGUGAGGGACCCGCAGGAGACUGGGCUCUGAGCAGAUUGCCAUUUCCUUGGAGACUGGAGUCUGUGUCCCAUUCUGGAAUGUUUGGGUCACAAGAUGAGCUCACCAUCGAGAUGUCCGGACAGUAUUCCUUCAUUUUAGACGGAUGUUUCUGUUGUUUAAUCCCAGAAGAUUGCCAGUGCUCCUUCUCAUCUUCCUCUCCAAUACGACCAGCCUGUCCUCCUGCUCACCCUCCCUUUCCUCUCCGAUCUUCUCCCUUCUGACUUUGUCUGUCUCUCUCCCCUCCAGCUACUUUUUCCGCCUCCUCCCUAGCAUCGUCUUUCUCGCUCCCUUCACCGUCCUUCUUCUUUCCUCUUCUUGCCUUCUCCUCCCUCACUCCUCCCUCACUCCUGCCUCAUCCUCCCCUUCCAAACUUCCUCCCCAGGCUGCCAGUAAAAGUUGCUGCUGGGAGAAAGUGCCACACCCAGGAUCCCUCAGGAACACGUUUCCCUUUUAAACCUAUUAGUGUGGGGCCCACACAAGCAGAGCUGCUUCUGGCUUCAAUCCUGUUCCUUUCCUCUUCUGCGGAAUCCCAUACCUGUGGACAAACAUGUGGCUCCCAAGUCAAAAAUGAUGCUUAACCCAACUAAUAUGUGCAGGUCCCCAUGUUGGAAAAGUGCAAAGUCUGACUUUUCAGCCCAUCUGCUCCAUGCUACACAAGAGCCUACUCUCUCAACCAGUCUCGCUCACCCCCAUUGACAAACCAUCCUGUUCCUUUCUCCCCUUGUGUUGUUUACCCAGCUUCUCCUUAAACCGGUAGACAGGAUUCACCUCGCCCACUCUCUCUGGGAAUGAGUUCCACAUCCUCCCCAGUUUGUCAGUCCGGAGUUUCUCCGGAAUGCCUGACUGGAUUUAUUGGUGACAGUCCCAUAUCGAUGGCCCCCUUGGUCUGCUCUCACCCACGAGUUGAACUAUUUUCUGUGCAUCUACUCUGUCAAAUCCUUUUAUCAUUUCAAACAGCUCACUCAGUACAUGAGAUACAGAGACUGGAACUGUACACAGUGACUCCCAGUGUGAUAGAGACUGGAACUGUACACAGUGACUCCCAGUGUAAUACAGAGACUGGAACUGUGAACGAUCAGUUCAAGUAUUGUCAAACUAAAGUUUGAGAGACAAUGCAUAUAAGCCCUCAAAUGUCUAACCCAUUGAGCACAGGUCUUUGUAAAAGAGGUGCACUUUAUAAAAAGACAUUUGUUUUGCACUUCUCAACUUCAGAAUGUGACAGAAACAUACCCAGCCCAUGAAGUAAUCCAUAGUAAUAAAGUUUUGUAACAUAGACAAACGUAGCCUCUAAACCUGUGCACAGCAAGAUCCCAUGAACCGACCAACGGUCAGACGGUCUGUGCUUUGAGAUGGCCAUGUUGUCUGAGGAGUUCGUACCAGGCCCCCCAACCACCAGGGAAGUUCUUGCCCCUCCUCAACAAUACCUUGAGGGAGGGAUAUUGUUCAUCCCAGAGAGGGCCCCAGUUUAAUGUCACACCCCAGAGGACGCUUCCGACGAUGGGAUUGGGUGUGGGAAAGGGAAUUGACUGAGGCCCCUCAUCAAAGACCUCAGGAGGGAUGAGCACUGAACAGUUCCCGCAGGAUGGGGGAGAACAUUGCGAGGUUUUAAUUUUGUAAAUAAUUCUCUGUCUUUGUUCUUUUUAUUUGCUUCAACUGGAAAGCAGAGUGAAUACUCACCUGCUCGGACACUUGACCCACUGACCAGGGACUGUGUCUGUCCUCAGUUCUCAAACCAGGAUUCCAAGUGUCAUUAUUAACUGUGCCAAGAUAUAUUGCGAAAAGGGAAAAUGUUUUCUGAAAAGACAAAAUAAAAUUUUUACAACAAUUAAA